GAGAAGAAGAGGAGUGGGAGGAGGAGGAAGAAGAAGACAACAACCGUCGAACUAGGAAGAAGGAUAACCAGCCCAGGUCCAGAACUGCUCGCUGAGUAAACAAGAGGAACACAGCAUCUAUUAUUGUCGGACAUCCUGUUGACAUGGAGGACACGCUCUUUCAGCUAAAGUUCACAGCUAAGCAACUUGAGAGACUGGCAAAGAAGGCAGAGAAGGAGUCUGAAAAGGAGCAGGCAAAAGUCAAGAAGGCUUUGCAGCAGAAAAAUGUGGAAUGUGCCAGAGUUUAUGCUGAGAACGCCAUCAGGAAAAAAAAUGAAGGUCUUAACUGGCUGCGCAUGGCGUCACGAGUCGAUGCGGUGGCCUCUAAAGUGCAGACUGCGGUCACCAUGAAGGGAGUGACUAAAAGUAUGGGCCAGGUGACCAAAGCACUGGACAAAGCUUUGAACUCCAUGGAUCUACAGAAAGUUUCUGCUGUGAUGGAUAAGUUUGAAAGCCAGGUUCAGAACCUUGACGUCCACACCUCUGUGAUGGAGGACUCCAUGAGCUCAGCAAUGACACUGACCACACCCCAGGAGCAGGUGGACGAUCUGAUCCACCAGAUUGCAGAGCAGAGCGGCCUGGAGGUGAUGGAUCAGCUCAACCAGCUGCCGGCUGGAGCUACCUCUCUGGGCGGAGAGACCUCACGGGCCCAAGAGAAGGAGGACCAGCUGUCUCGACGGUUGGCGGCGCUGAGGAACUGAAGGCUGCUGCUGAGGAGACCACCAGCUGCAUGGAGGCAGAGCACUUUGUACGCUUGGCCAUGACUGGAGCUAAAUGUGUUUCUAUUGAACUGGUGCUGCUGGGAGAAGCUAAUGAGUGUAUUGAUUAUCCUGUCCUAUAAAAACACACAGCAGCCAGAAACAGCUUCUGAGAGUCCAAACACAUCCUGGGCUUACCGUCUCCUCUUCACUCCUUUCAGCCUCCUCUCCCAUCGCAGGCAUCUGAGUAUAAACUUUGUAAUCAACAUUUGUAAAAUAUGUUUUUGUACAAAGAAUUUAAUUGAUUUGCUCUGCUGUUUAUGGGACAGUCAUUGAUCUCUGGUGAGGUUCUUGGUUAAAUGUUUCCAGAUGUGACCAGAUGCUAUUAACAAUAACAGAUUUAAUCCCUCUGUGCUCAUCAGAUUCACCCAGAAUCAAUGAGGACAAAACAGAAGACAAUCCCACUUUGACUUUAUUAUUAGGCAUCUAUUUAAUUAUUUUUCUUGCAUUCAGAUUUUAUGCUUUAAACGCCUUAUUUUGGGAUGCAGGUGCUUGCAUAGGUGCUUCUUCUUUCAGUGCCUAUAGAGAGCAGCCUGCUGGGUAAUGAAAACGAGGCAUUCUCCUUUGCCCUCAGUCAUACGCUGCCUUUUAAUUCUUGCUAGCCUCUUGAUGUCCUUGUUUUGGAGUCCUUGGUUGUCAGAGGUGGAUGUUUAGCACCUCAGAUGGAUGCUCAUUAUGAGCUCAGAUUGGUCCACCUCCUAAAGAAUUACACUGAAUAACACCUCUGGUCCUAUUUUAACAUCUGUUCACCUGGGAAGUUCUGGUGAUGGUGUUCACCACAGUGAGAGGAAGGUGAAGCCAGAAAUAUCUGUAUCAGGAUGCUUCUUGGGGUUUGGAUUGCUGUCUUUCCUAUUUGUCAUCCAUUUUAGUAUUUUGAGAGGCUUUAUUUAUACUCAAACUCCCAUGACUGUUCAGCACUUUGGUUUUAUAUAUUUAUCUUGUAAAAAUAAAGUUCUGCCUGCUGUCAUUGUCCCUCA